UAGAAGGGAUAUAUUCUGAAGUUGUAAAUGGUUGUAUCUGGAUAGUUUCCUCUGCUGGGCAAGAUUUUGAAAUCUUGAUCCUAAAUAUUAAUAGAAAGAAACGAUGAAAAUUGUCACUUCUAUGUACGUGAGAGAAAGCGGAGUGGGAAGUGUAGCAUUUCAUGUAAGCUUCUCUGUUAUAUUAAAUAAUUACUAUUAAUAGAAUCAAUCAUUCUGUCAUUCCCUGAUUGGAGUGCCAGGAAUACAGGGCUCUGUAGUUUCAGGAUAACAUGUCAACUCCUGGAAUGGAGCAAAAGUUAAUCUGUGUAAAAUGGUUCUUAGAUCCUUUGAAAUCCAUUACAUUCUCCAUGGCGUGACUGGUUCCUGCAGGACUCUGUGCUUUGUGGAUAACUUGUCAGCUCCUCAUGUAAACGUUUUCGACAGUGUGGAUUGCUUAACAGAGAUUAGGGCAAAUGGAGUUUAUUUCUCAGAAAUCUGCAUGAGUGGCCUGGGUACAACGUCAUUAUUCCAUUCCAGAAGUGGAUGUGAAAUACCUAGGAGAAACUUGUGAUGAUGCCCUUUUCUCUUUCACGGUACCCUGCACUGCGCACACAUGUUGGAAGGCCUAGCAGGAGAGACCCUACAGCAAGAGUUGAAGCAUACAUUCAGCAGCUAGGCUCUAGUAUUUCUCCAUUUGGAGUUCAUUUGACAGCAUUAGAUCAUGACUACUACCACAUGAAUGAUUACCCAAAGGAACACAAGCUGUAUGUGUAAAAAAGUCAGCGUAAACAAUGAGUUCAUCCCUAGUUUGCUCAUUCUAAUCUUGAGCAGAUUAAUAAGUAAUCUCCUACCUCAGCAAGAACAGGGAGGUGCUAUUGGCUGAUUUAAUCCACGUGCUUUUGUUCUACAGCGUAUAAAUAAUCACGAGUUUGCAAGUCCCCGUUCAGACUCUUCUGACACUUGACAUCUCUUCCUCUGCCCACCAUGGAGCUCCUGGGAUUGCCCACGAUCCUCCUGCUGGCCUGUAUCUCUUGCCUUCUCAUUGCUGCAUGGAGAAGUACAUCGCGCAGAGGGAAGGAGCCUCCUGGUCCCAUGGCGAUCCCCAUCAUUGGAAACAUUUUUCAGCUGAACCCGUGGAACUUGAUGGGGAGCUUUAAGGAGGUAAGACUGUCUCUUUCUUUCCUGUGUUGUCUCCCUUGCCUGUGCAUUGUGACCAGCAAUGGGGAGACCUGGAGGCAGCUCCGGCGAUUUGCACUCACCACCCUGCGUGACUUUGGAAUGGGGAAGAAGAGCAUUGAGGAGCGAAUCCAGGAGGAAGCCCGUUUUCUGGUGGAGAGGCUCAGGAACACACAUGAGAAACCUUUCAACCCUGGUAAGUUCUUAAUCCAUGCUGUUUCAAACAUCAUCUGCUCCAUUGUAUUUGGGGAUCGGUUUGACUAUGAAGACAAGAAAUUUCUAGAUUUAAUUGAGAUGCUGGAAGAAAACAACAAGUACCAGAACAGAAUACAAACACAGCUCUACAAUUUCCUCCCAGUCAUCAUGGAUUCUUUACCUGGACCUCAUCAAACAAUAAUAAAAAACAUUAAUAAAGUUGAUGACUUUAUUUCUGAAAUCGUAAGAGCUCAUCAGGAAUCUCUCGAUCCCAGCUGUCCUCGAGAUUUUAUUGAUGCUUUUAUCAUCAAAAUGCAACAGGAGAAAGGAAAUACUCAUUCACAAUUCACUGUUGAGUCCUUGACCAGAAGCACACUCGACUUGUUCCUUGCGGGAACAGGGACAACCAGCACCACGCUGAGAUACGGACUUCUGAUUCUCCAGAAAUACCCGGAGAUUGAAGAGAAAAUUCACAAGGAGAUUGACAGUGUGGUUGGCCGAGACCGAAGCCCCUGCAUGGCAGACAGGAGCCAGUUGCCAUACACGGACGCCGUCGUCCAUGAAAUCCAGAGAUUCAUUGAUUUCCUUCCCCUUAACCUACCACAUGCUGUGACCAAAGACACCAUGCUCAGAGACUAUUUCAUCCCCAAGGACACUAUGGUAUUCCCUUUGCUGUCCCCCAUCCUGCAAGACUGCAAGGAAUUUCCAAAUCCAGAAAAAUUUGACCCGGGACAUUUCCUGAAUGCAAACGGUACCUUCAGAAGGAGUGACUACUUCAUGCCAUUCUCUACAGGUAAAGAGCUCUUUCUGUGUCAGAUCCUAGACUAU